AUGCUGUCCGGUCCACUGCCAACCGGCUUCAAGAACGGCACCAUCCUGUCAGCCGGCCAAUACAACCUGCACCACAACUUCUUCUACGGUCCUGCCUCUGUCACUGCCGGCGGCGUCACCUCCUGCCCUCAAGACCAGACCCGCCGAGGCAUCUUCUACCAGUCUUCCAUUGCAUACAACUGCCUCACAUACCCCACCACCUCCGCGUGCUACCAGGCCGGGAGGGUGCAGACCCAGGUUGCUGCCAGCACGUGCAAGAGGUUUUGCAACGCAGGGGAGAACCCGUGCGGGGGGCACGGGGCAUGCUGGUUUGCCAAGGGGGUGGACCCGAACUGUUUGUGUGACGCAGGGUAUGUUCAGACAGCUGACAAGCAGUCCUGCGUGAAGAAACCCAAGGGGCGGAAGAGGAAGGUGCUUUGGCAGUACCGUAGGCUGGGUGGGUGGGAGAUCGUUGGGUCGCCUGAGGACCUUCUGAUCUGGUCUGGGGGUCCUUGUGCUGUUGCUAGUUUUGAGGCGUCUUACGGUAGAUACCGUGUGUGUGUGCUGUAA